AGUCACGUGUCAGCCAAAGAUGGCUGCGUUCAGGCUAGUUGAGCAAAGGUUGGCGUGAACCCCAGCGUGCCGAGGAGGGUUGUGAGCAGAGCAUAAGAUACAUAUUAUUGAGAAAUAUUUAAUUUUUUAAGGCUCAAGAUGAAAAAUCAUGAACCAGAUGAUACUGUCAAGGAAGACUUAAUUUUCAAUAUCAUAACCAGAAAAAUUAACCACCUCCCAGAAGCAGAAAGGAAUCUAUUUGAACAUGGAUCAGUUUAUAUCGGACUUAAUGCUGCUCUCUGUGGUCUAAUAGCAAAUAGUCUUUUUCGACGCAUCUUAAACGUGACACAGGCUCGUAUAGCUGCUGGCUUACCAAUGGCAGUGAUCCCAUUUUUGACUGCGCAUGCAUCUUACAAAGGUUUUGUAAAUCUACCUUUGAAUACAGGUGAUUUGAAUUGUGAAACCUGUACCAUAACACGGGGUGGACUGGUUGGUCUUGUUUUUGGUGGUCUGUACCCUGUUUUCUUGGCUAUACCUGUGAAUGGUGGCCUAGCAGCCAGGUAUGAGUCAGCCCUGCUACCAGAAAAAGGAAACAUCUUAACUUACUGGACUAGAAUUUCUAAGCCUGUCUUUAGAAAGAUGUUAUUUCCCAUUUUGCUCCAGACCAUGUUUGCAGCAUACCUUGGAUCUAGACAAUAUAAAUUAGUUAUAAAGGCUCUUCAGUUACCUGAACCUGGCCUAGAAAUUCAGUGAUUGUUAAACAACUUUGUACACAAAAAUAAAACUGUAAUGUAUGAA